AAAGCAGCUUCCAUCAUCCACUCUCUAAUCUAGUGAUCUGAAAUUCCCACGUGUCAUAAACAAAUUUACAUACUGGCCCCUGAUCCAUAUUGAUGUUUUGUUUGUGGCCACAGAACAGAACUGAAUUGAAGAAUUCAACAUACGAGUGAGUGAAGAUUGAAGAAGUGCAUCACAGCAUCACUCUAGUCUCUUCUAUACGCUUUUACCCCCCAUCCCAUCACUACGCAAAACUUGUGCAGUUCGGGCCACACUCUCUUGGGGAAGUAAAAAGUGAAAACCUCUUGAUGGAAAUGAAUAUUGCAAGGUGUAGUCCCAAAACAGAGGGAUCAUUCUUUUCCAAUACUUCAAGAACAGUAGGAUGGGAGAACAUGCAGAAACUUCCAUAUAAUAAUGUGGCUGUCCAGAGUCCAAGAUGGACCUUGCGCAAAUUCACCUCGCCCUAUCGAGCUUUUACUGCAGUGUGCCCAAGAAGGUCUUUUUUCUGUAGAACGCGUUCUAUGGCAACUAGUUUGGAGGAAUCUUCAUCUUUACAACCUGGAGAAAAUUCCACUGAGGAUGAGGAUCCUUAUGCUGAAGAAGAAUUGGAAAAUUUGGCACAACCACUUACCAGAGAACAGAUAAUGGCUCUGCUUGUUGAUACUGAAAGAGAAAAACUUACGAAGAAGCUUAGUGAAGCCAACCAGCAUAAUCGGUUCCUCAAAAGGCAGUUGCAUAUAAAGGAAGAUGCAUUGGUAAAUUUUAAAAGUGAGCUUGCUGUCAUGGAACUUGAAGUUCAGGCUUUGGUCCAACUAGCAAAAGAAAUAGCAAAAUCUGGUAUUCCAGAAGGUUCAAGGAAGAUCAACGGAAAGUACAUUCAUUCUCACCUGGUUACUCGAUUAGAAGCUGUACAUGAACAAUUGAUGGAACAAAUAAAGGACGUUGGUGCGGCACAGUCCAAGGAGGUUUCUAUUUUUUGGGUUGGAAUGGCUGAGAGCGUGCAAGUUAUGGGGACCUUUGAUGGUUGGAGCCAAGGAGAGCACCUUUCACCUGAGUAUACUGGUUCUUACACUAGGUUCUCAACAACGUUGAUGCUGAGACCCGGGAGGUAUGAAAUCAAAUUCUUAGUAGACGGUGAAUGGAAGCUAUCACCUGAGUUCCCCAUUAUUGGUGAAGGAUUAACCAAAAACAAUUUGUUAGUUGUCGAGUGAAUCAUGCCUGUUAUGUUGAUUAAUUUCAAUCCUAGCAACUUUUUGAACUACGCAACUAUAUUUAGCUUAGUUUAUAACCUAGUGAGUUUAUGCCAAUGCAACGUCAUAAAAUAAUUUUGAGUUAUUUGUAAAAUUCAGCUUGUUCUGCAUCUAUGAACUUUUCAUGUAAAAUAAGUUUCUUUUUACUAUUAUGAUUUUGGUGGGUUUUAAAUGGUUCAUUCUGUAAGAUGACAUUGAACCAAAAAAGUUAGACGAA